UUACAUUUCUUCACUGCUAUGAAUAGAGUGCUGUGUGUGAGCCUCGCUUAAGCCGCGGUUGUCCCGUUAAAUCCCCUCGUUGCUGUUGUAAAUCGCGAAAUGGUGGCAGUGACACAGCCCAGAAUAAAGAUAGCGUGUGGAGGACGGGUUUCUGCUGUACUGGAUUUUGAUAUUACUCGAUUUCGUCGAUAAAGGUCGUUUUAUGGUACAUAUGAUGACGUUUUUUGGGUACAUAUGGAGCUCAACGCAGUAAUAGAGUCUCAUAGAUGUCGAGCAUCAUCAUCUUCAUCAGGAGGAGAAACAGGAUGAUUCUGGCGGACUCCUCUGCUAAACCCUCAACAUUAUCCUUUCUCAUCAUCAUCAUCAUUACAUCUUUUACAGCAACCUUAUUCUACAGUGUGCCAGGUCAUGUCAGGAAAGAUGGAAAUGGAUGCCAGUGGAUCGUCCAGGGCACCCAUAUCCGUUCUGUCAGCCGCUGAGGUCAAAAGCACCCUGAAGCCCGAGCCCGACAAACCACGCUGCUCCAGCACCCCCUGCUCCCCCAUAAAAAGUACUGUCUCAGGAUACCAAAUCCUUCACAUGAACUCCAACUAUCUAGUGGGCUUCACCACCGGCGAGGAGCUUCUUAAAUUAGCCCACAAGUGGUCUAGUCCUGACAGCAGCAACACAGAGGCCUUGCCCAGCCCCAUCAAAAAGCCUGUGGAUGUAAGUCUGCACCGAGCCUCGCGGAUCUGCAAAGCCAAAAGCCGAUAUUACCAACCGUACGACAUCCCAGCCAUCAACGGGCGGCGGCGCCGGCGCAUGCCCAGCUCAGGAGACGGCUGUCUGAAGUCCCUGGCCAGCGGGGAGCCCGGCAAAACCCCGCACGGCCCGCUGCCCCUGUGCCUGUUGAAGGGCAAACGCGUCCACUCCAAGUCCCUGGACUACCUCAACCUGGACAAGAUGAGCCUCAGGGAGCCGGCGGACACCGAGGUGCUGCAGUACCAGCUCCAGCACCUCAACCUGCGGGGCGAGCGCGUGUUCACACGCAACAAGACAUGAGGCCUCGGACACCCAGCACUAACACACUCAGUGUAGGGCUCCAUUUUUACCCCUCUCCCCCACUACGCCAUCCAUACACCACUGAUCUUCUGUGUGUGAGGAAACACAGAGGCAGGGAAAGCUUUAAAGGGGCAGUUCAGCUGAGAAGACUAGUUCAUAGUCAUUAUGUGCGCACCCUCAUGCUCUUACACAGUGUUCCUUUUUGUUUCUAUGGAA